AUGUUCGGACGAGGAGCCGGAGGGGGACGAAAAUCGGGAGAAGGCCAAGGGGCUCAGUCCAGGGGUGGCCCAGUGGGGAGAGGCCAAGGAGAAAGUUUCCAGAGGGGUUCAGGUUCGGCGUCUCGUGGACCUUGUGGGUACUGCGGGAAGCCAAAUCAUUCUGAGGACAACUGCUGGAAGAAAGGGGGGAAAUGUCUGCAUUGUGGAAGUGCAGACCACCAACUUGCCACCUGCCCAAUUCUAAAACAAGAUGGAAAGGGGAGUCAGCAACCACCGAGGAUCAACGCUGGACCAGCUAAGGGAGAGGUAACGAAGCCUAAGGUCGCAGCUCGCGUAUACUCGUUAGAGCCACAGCAGGUCCCAGAUUCCUCUGAGGUCGUAGAAGGUACGAUUCCUGUAUUCCACCGCUUUGCAAAGGGGUAUGAUGUGAUUCUGGGCAUGGACUGGUUAGCUAGGUAUAAUGCCCAAUUAGAUUGUAAAAAGAAGGUGGUGGAGUUUCGCAUUCCUGGGAAGGCGACCCUAAGAUUAGAUAUAAGGGGAAGGUUAGCCUCAUCCGCUCUGAUCUCGGGCAUACGGGUUAGGAAACUGCUCAAUAGAGGGGCGCAGGGAUUUUUGGCCUUUCUAAUUAACACCCCGACGGAUAAAUUGAAGGUGGAGGAUGUGCCCAUAGUAAGGGAAUACCCAGAUGUGUUUCCUGACGAGUUAGUAUCCUUGCCUCCGAAGAGAGAGGUAGAAUUCAAGAUCGACCUACUAUCGGGAACCUCACUUAUCUCAAAAAUCCUGUAUCGGAUGGCCCCUACGGAGCUUAAGGAGCUAAAAUUGCAAUUAUAA